AUGAGUAUUAGGUUAAGCUAUUGGCUAUAUACCACUAUAUUAACCUUUAUAUAUUUUGUUCAUGCUUGCCAAUCACAUGAAUUAUAUGAUACAAGAUCUCCCAAUGGAGGAGUUACUUUAAAUGGUUAUCUCCAAAAACCAGGAAUUUUUUAUUUUCUAAAUGAGGAGCUUCGUUGGAGAGAUCGUGACUUUCCAUUUUAUAAUAUGUUGAUGAGUAUCAUUGCUACCACCUUCAUUAAUCUCAUUGACCACAUUGAAAAGAGUGAGGAAGGACUGAUGCUUUAUUAUAGUAAAGAAGUAGCUAGACUUGCAAAAAAGGGGGAGGUAAUUAAUUCAAUUUACAAAAGUUUUUUAACAGUUAAAGGCUCGAAGGAUGAGCUCAAAAUUUAUGAAGAGCAGUUCAAGCCUUUGUGUAAAAAUUACAGAAUUGAAAUAGCAAAGAGCCCAAUUAUAUCAAUUGUAUCACACUCAGCUUCUAGAUUAAAUGCAUAUAAUUAUCUAAUUCCAUUUAUUCCAAAUGAGGUUCUAGAUCCAGUUAUGAAAAAGUUUUCGAUUGAAGUAACCAAGUUUUUAUGGCCCCAAUCUUUUGCCGAAAUGUCAAAUGGAUUUAUAACUAUGAUAGAGAAAUUGGAAAAACUAUGCAAAAAAAUCAACUUCAAUCUAUUAGAGUCGUGUAAUGAAUAUAUGCAGCAAGCCAGACGUUACUUGAUUGACCUUAUAAAUAAUCAUGAGUUGUUCUUAAAGUAUUCAAAAAUGAAAAAUGCAAAUUAUCUGGAUUUUUCCAACAUUUUUAGAAAGCUGCGUGGCGAAAUACUUUCAUUCAAGCCUUACCAAAUAGUAUUAAGGAAACUAGACCCAGUUAAAGCAGACGCACUGGGAAUCCCCAUGUUUUCCGGAUUUAAUCACAGUGUACUUGAUGAAACAAUGAAAGAGUACUAUGAACUACUAAAGGACCGAAAAACAAAAGGCAAAUUAUGA